AUUUUCAAUAUCGUCUGUCUCUAAGAUAUUCUGGAAGUAUAUCAAGUUUAUAAUUCAUCCGGCUCCAGAAUAUUCUAUCAACCCACAUUUCAUUCUAAGUGUUUGGAUGACUUUCUCCACCCCCCAAAACUCAUUGGCUUUUCCCAAGCCUUUAGUGGGAACCCUCUAAUUCAUUAUUGUAAAGCACACCACUGUCUUGAUCGGCGUCAGUGUCAGUGCUGCCCCAGCAGAGUGGAAUUUCACCGCAGACAUCAUGGUCAGGAUCAGCAACAUGGGAAUUGUCUCUUUGUGCAUAGUAUUGCUGCUGGGGUCAGAGAUCUGCAUAGCAGCAAGGCAAGAACUGAUAGUUACCACCAUCAAGCAAGACCCCUACACAAUGAGCAAGGGCUCACAGUUGGAAGGCUACUGUAUGGAUCUGCUCGCUGAGCUGGCUAAGAAACUGGGUUUCAAAUACAAAGUUCACCUGGUGAAGGAUGGAGCGUAUGGCCGGCAGGAUGAAAGUGGAAACUGGAACGGAAUGAUUGGGGAGGUUGUUAGAGGGGAAGCUGAUCUCGCAGUGGCUCCCCUCACUCUCACUGCUGCCCGUGAGAAGGCAGUGGGAAUGACAAAACCUUACAUGCAGACCGGAAUCAGUAUCCUCCUCCGCAAAGAUAUAGUUUCUGAAGAGGCCGGGUUUUUUGACUUCCUCUCCCCCUUCUCUGGGGAGACCUGGUUCGGCAUCCUGAUUGCAUACUUUGUGACUGCAGUCUGCAUCUGCAUUGUGGGAAGGUUGAGUCCAUGUGAAUGGAGUCAGCCUGAGACAGAGCCAAAUCACUUCACUCUCCUCCACAGUUUGUGGUACGCUGCGGGAGCCCUAAGCCUGCAAGGUGCAGGCCCUCACCCUAAAGCUGUGUCAGGAAGGGUUAUCAGUUGUACCUGGUGGUUGUUUGCCGUGGUGCUGCUGGCCUGUUAUUUUUCCAGCCUCAGUUCCUCUCAGGGGCCUGACUCUGCACCGCUCAUGAUUAAAGGUUUUGAGGACUUGGCUAAUCAGGACGUAAUAGAAUAUGGAACACUUUCCGGCUCCUCCACCCUUGCCUUCUUUAAGAACUCAAAUAACCCAUCUUACCGUCGCAUAUAUGAGCACAUGGAGCGGAGAAAGAGUUUUGUGUCCUCCAUGGAUGAGGGUGUCCAGAGAGCAAAGGAAGGAAACUAUGCUUUUAUUGGAGAAUCAGUGUCCUUGGACUUGGCUGUGGCACGCCAUUGUGAACUGGUCCGGGCGCAUGAGGUCAUCGGGAUGAGAGGUUACAGCAUUGUAACUCCUCUUGGAUCUGCAAUGCUGAAGAACCUGAGUGUGGCCAUCCUGCAGCUGAGUGAGGCUGGGGAGCUGGCGUACCUGCGCACUAAGUGGUGGGCCAGCAGCUGUAUACCAGAUAGUGCCAAAGGCUCGUCUCUGAGGGCCCAUAGCAUGAAGGGCAUCUUCCUGGUUCUGGCUAUAGGCCUUGGGAUUGGAGUUCUGCUCUCCUUGUUUGAACUCACCUCAAAGUCUCGCAGCACUGCAGGGGAGCAGAAGAAAUCCUGCUGUGCAGUUUUGACUCAGGAGCUGAGCCAGCGUUUGAGAAUGACCAGCACAAAGGGAGACCAGGAAACCUCAGACAAAAACAAGGCAUAAAAUGCUCAACAACCAAUGUAAUAUGCAAGUCUUACAUUAUUAGGUUUGUACAUUAUCUGGUGCUAGGCAUUAUUACUUAUUAUUUACCAAGUUAGAAAAAUAUAUUUUUUAACAUUUUCUAUUUUGAACUGAUUUAGAUAAGCUGUACUAAAACUGCAGCACAUAACACAUAAUCCUAUUUUUUUUGUUUCUUUUUACAUUUAAAUCAAGCUGCCUGUGUGUUCAAUGAAGAUGCAAUGAGACACCUUUUAAUUUACAUCUUGCAGCAAAAUCUCAUGCAGUUGUUUGUAUUAGAUCAUUCUCAAGCCUUUCAUCUUGAAACAAUAUAGAAGCAGAUCUUUAGACCAGCAUUACGAGUCAAAAAUGUUAAAUGUGAAAUCUAUUUUGGAAAGAAUGACAGAUUGGAGACAACUGAACAAAGAGUAAAUUUGAUUUUAUGUUUGUUAAAUUCUGUACAUCAGAAGAAAAUGUUUGUAAUAAACUCAGAAAUGCAAGGAAAAUGUCUAUGAAAAGUAAAAUAUUUCAUGUAAGUAAAAAUGUCAAGUAACAUAUUACAGUUGUUUUGUAAUUCAAACAUAGGAAACAUACGUAAAAUUAUGUUAAAUUAAAAAAAAAAAAAUCUUGCUGUCACAAAAGAGGUAUGCAUUCUGGCACCAUGUGUAUUAAUGAAUUAAUAAAUUUGAUCUAACACCAAAGUGUGACUGCAUUUUUAACAAACAUGAGAAACAUGUUUAGUUUUAAAUUCUGAAUUGCAGCUUCCAAAUGCAAGAGUCCAAAUGUAACAUUCCAGGCUCCUUUUAGAAAAAAUAUGAAUUAUGAGUCCAGAUGGCAUGAGUUGACGAGUAAGAUUUAAUCAAGAUAAUACUUGAACAAAAUACAAAUAUGUAUUUAUGCAAUUGCUUUUCUUCCUGUUGCAUCUGUCCAUAUCCGUAAUUGCAGUGUGGAAUUUUGUUAUUUCUGUUUCUUCUUAGGUUUCACAUGCAUGUUUUUUUUUCUACAAUGUUGAAGAAUCUAAAAAAAAAAAGAUUAAAACCCCACCACAAAUUAACAUCAGUGAGAUCUCUUGUAAGCUCAAAUAAAAAGUGUUUUUUGUUUUACUCAA